AUGUCAGCUCAUUCUAAGAGUCGCGGCGCAGGAGGUGUCCUGCCUGUGAACGCAGCGACUAGGAAAAAUGCAAGCGCCCAGUCUGCAUCGAAGUCAUCCCCGAGGACACCAGCACCAAGGCUGAGACUGAUCGUCCGACGCUUGCCCCCUGGACUGACAGAGGCCGAGUUCUGGGCCGCUCUGGGCGACGACUGGAAAACUGGCAAUGGCAAAGUCGACUGGGCGGCUUACAAAGAGGGGAAAGCCUCUAAAGAUCCUGCAAAACCCUCACGACCAGCCAGAGCUUAUCUCAAAGUCAAGGAACAGUCAUUGUUGGAACCGUUGUCUAAAGCAGUAAAGGAGUCAUCGUUUCAAGAUGCUAAAAAUACUGGCAAGGAUCCUUGUCUCUUGGGGCCGCCGUCUCUCGAGUUUGCACCGUACAACAAGAUUCCCGUUCCUCGCACCCGACAUGAUGGUAGGCAAGGGACUAUCGACCAGGAUCAAGAGUUCAUCGAUUUCCUGCAAAGCCUGACGGAGCCAAUUAACAAACCAGCGUCGAAUGGAGCCGAAGCCACGGAUGUCAAAGCUGACACAGUUACUAUCACUCCAUUAGUCCAGUAUAUCAAAGAGAAGAAAGCCAACAGGGCCAAAGAAGCUGCCCAAGCCAAAGCAGCGAAGCGCGAAAGCAAGGAAGCGAAGCCCACUAAGAGUGAGCGUCCUCCGACAGUUAUCAUCAAGGGCAAGAAUACCACGAACACGACAGAGAAAGACAAGGACCGAGUUGCGAAGGCCACCCAGGAGGCCGUGAAGGCUGCCAACAAAUCAGCGGCUGCUGUACAAGGAAAGCAGACAGCAUCGGCCAAAACCGAGAGUAAACAGGCAUCGGCAAAGGAGACUCGGCCACAGUCUCCAGCAACCACAGCAACCGCCCCGGCUGCCGCCCCGGCGAAACGAGAGCGCAAUCGAGAGAGGGACAGCGGAAGGGCAGCUGCUCGCAUGCUCCAGCGGGAUCUGGGACUCCUAGCGAGAGAAAACACCUCACAACGCAGUCCAAAGAUUCCAUCAUCGGGUACGGCUGCAGCAAACGACUCCGCGGCUACAUCGUCACCGGCAAAACCGUCAACUCCAACUUCUGCUCCCAAGUCCUCCGAACCUUCGACGUCGACAGAACAAUCCAAAUCGUCGACUGCAGCUACGGCCACCACGCCUACGGUCCCCCCAACUGGCCCACGUGCUUCACGCGCUUCCAAUCCCAUACCCACAAAGUCGGAUCCAUCCAGCACACCUUCUGCGACUUCGGCUCGACCACCAGCUACUCAACGUCAGUCCAAAAAUCAGUCUUCUCAACAGCCCACUACAGGCGCGAAAUCCGCGUUCCUCAAACACGCAAAUCAGUCUCAGGGUAUCACAGAGGACAUCCUUCAACAAGUCUUCAAGGAAUUUGGAACAAUCACCCGCUGCGAGAUUGACAGGAAAAAGGGAUUGGGCUAUAUCGACUUUCAGGAGCCUGAAGCAUUAAAGAAAGCCAUGGCAGCAAGCCCGGUCAAGGUUGCGCAGGGCCAGGUCGUCGUGUUGGAAAAUAAGUCCCCUCAUGGCCAACAUGGGAAGCGCGGCGGUGGUGGUGGCGGCCAAAACCAAGGAUCUCCUGGUCAGGGAAAAGCAGGCGCUGCAUCCCCUGCUGCGGCUGCAGUGGCUGCGAGCUCGUCCAAGCCAGCUGCUGCAAAGUCUGCCACCACUUCGCAGCCGCCCGCUGCGGAAGCUUCGGCGACUGCACCCGGCGCAGCUGCGUCUGGCCCUGCCCCAGCAACACCAAGUUCAGCGACGCCACCUAGCGCACCCCGAGGAAACGCCAGAGGCGGCGGCGGAAGCGGUGGUCGCACGGGGGGUCGUGGGAAUAGUGGAGGAAAGAAAGAGGGAGCUCGUGGUGGCGGGUCCGGAGGGCAGGGUCAGGGUGGGAGACAGGGACAUCGUGGGGGGAGAGGGAACGCUGGAGGUGGUAAACGCAGCGGAGGAGGUCAAGGAAACGGGAAUGCUGGCGCUGCUGCUUCCGGGGCUGCCGGAGGUACUACUACUCCCAGCACUUCGUCGACAGCUGCGGCCAAGGAAGAUGGAAAGAAAGAUUGA